UGAUCAAAACGCGACACCUAAAUUUUGUCAGCGACGUGUGCAACACUUUAAUGUUGACAAUUUAAACAAAAUUAACUGGAGUGAAGAAAAAGGUUUUAUUCUUUUUUUAAAAUAGCAGCCCCGUCUUUUAACCAACAUUGAGAAGAGCGACUCUUACUUUAAGUUGCGUAAACCUUACGGGCGUACGGUUUUAAGGGUUACGGGUUUAUGGGUUUAGGGACCUACUGCAACACACGCGGCCGCACAAAAAAAGAUUCUCAGCAAUAUUAUUUAGAAAUGCUUUUUUUCUUUUUUUUAGAACCUUGCGAUGGAUAUACUGCAGUUGACAACUAUCAAAGAAGUACUGGCUACAAGCGUCCAUCUUCAAGUCAGGCCACAACAUGUGAUCGUAAAUGGCAAGCGACGUGGUAUCGUUUCACUAGUGGAGCUGGUGGGGAAAUGCCGACCUCUUGUCCACCAAAAUACGCUUGUGGCUCCAAGGGUUCAGUCUGGUUGAAUGGAACAAACCCAACAACAGUAGGAGAAACAAAAAAAAUGAAAGCAUGUUUGCGAGCAGGUACAAUUUGCUGCUCCAGAAUUUGGGAAGUGAGAGUGAAAAAAUGUUCAAAGAAUGGAAAAGAAUAUUUUGUUUAUUAUCUUCCACCAACUCCAGGAUGUCCAAUGCGAUAUUGCGCCGGAAAAGAGACUAAAUGUGCAGCUGAUGAAUCAUCACCAACUGGAUUUACUCCAGGCUGCUCAAGUAAAUAUCCUAAACUAAAAAGUGACCCUGUCAUCUCAGUGGGAGUUAAAAAUAAACGAAUGCAGUUUAAAUGUAAAUUUGAUCCAAAGGAGCGAGGAGAACACAUUCGCCAUGUCGUAACAUGGUACCAAGGUCCACCUGAGAAAAGAAUCAACAAAGAAGAUACUCUUCAUGGGAAUCAAGAUGAAGCAUAUUUGCAGAACAACAACGAGUAUGGAGAGAAAGCAUUGUUUUGUCUUGGUCAGAAUAUUUAUUGUAAAGUUCAAUCUCAUUACGUAGCAACACCAAAACUAAAAAGUAUUCCACGAAAAAGUAAUGAAUUUUUUGCAGGAUUUAAGGUUACACCAAAUGUGAUCGAUCUUUCUGAAAAAGACAAACCAAGAAAACUCACUGCAACGUCAACACUACCUAUUGUAUGCCAAGAUGGUACCGACACCUGUGAAGUCCGGGUGGAACUUGGUCAGACAAACACAGAUAGUUUUAUUGAUUAUUGCACAAUGAAAUUUAAACCUGGUCCUGCUGGUCAGACUCAUGUAGCGGAAGUUGUCGCAAAACGUGAUUUCGUAGAUGAUGGAGAUCAAACGAUGCAUUUAAAAAUUUAUAUUCCUGACCACGUUGAUCCUGUUGAUUGGAAUUGUUAUAAGAGUAUCACGGAUGUCUUGAUAAAGACAAAAGACGUCAAAACAAAACGCUGCACAUCAACUGGUGACCCACACAUUCGCACUUUUGAUGGAUUGUAUUAUGAUCACUAUUUGGUUGGCGAUUACGUUAUGGUCGAAAGUGGAGCACGGUUGUUUAAGGUUCAUGUCAGGACUUUCCGUUGUAACACAGUUUCAUGCAACUGUGGAAUAGCUGUAAGAGAAGGUGAUGACGUCAUCGUUGUUGACAUGUGUAGAGAUAAUACUCCACGUGCACGAUUUGCCAGCACAGUUGAGCCACAGAAAGGGACCACCAUUGAGAGAAAUAACAACGGGAAAAGUUUUGUGCUCAACUUUCCCUCCGGUGCGUAUGUGAGAUUUGAUGCACAACAUUGGUUUCGUAACUGGUAUUUUGCAAACAUUGUAGUUCAACUACCUUCUGAUGAUUACAAUAACACAACUGGAUUAUGUGGAACGUUUGAUAGCAAAUCAGGAAACGACAUGACUGCAAAAAACGGCGUAAUUGUACCAAAGGGAAGAGGAAGAACUGCUCCAAAAGCAUUCACAGAAAGUUGGAAAUUGACAGUUGGUGAAAGUUUGUUCUACUAUAAAGGAGGACCUCGUAAGUGUCUAGCUACACGUGCGAAAAGUUAUUGCACAUGUCAGGAAACCUGUUGCGGAAAGAGAAGUGUCAAUUGUAAUUUUGAUGGAUAUUCACAACGACCGAGAUAUAUACAAGGUUCUAGAGGCUGGAAAAGUCUGGUCUUUCCAGGUAGACAAUAAUAUCAUAUUGUAUUGUGGUUGCUUUUUAACUUUUACCUCAAUUUUAAUAAAUGUAAAGGCAGAUAUUACUUGUAUAUUUUCUGUUCUAUAUAAAAUUGUGAGACGAAUUCAGUACGUGCAGCAUUGAAUUCUUUUUUUUCUACAUAACUAGUCAAUUUUGUUCCAGGUAUCAAAUACCUU